AUGUCUUCGAUCGUGGCUGGCAUUGAAAUGGGUGGCACAGGAUGUAAAGUAGCAAUCAGUGAUAUUAAUGGACAAUUUACUGAACAGUAUUCAUUACAAGUGGUAACAACAACAUCGGAAAAUACUUUACGUGAAAUACAUGAUUGGCUAGCAUUAAAAAAAUCGGAAAGACCAUUCGUUGCUAUUGGCAUUGCAUGCUUUGGACCUGUUGAUCUAAAUAAAAAAAGCAAAACUUAUGGCUAUAUUACAACAACACCAAAACCAGGAUGGCAAUAUGUUAAUGUAGUUGGUGCCUUUCAUGAUUUGAAUGUUCCGAUUGUUUUUGAAACAGAUGUUAAUGCUCCAGCAAUGACUGAAGCUGCACUUCUAGGUGAUACAUCAGCAGCUUACAUUACCAUAGGAACAGGCGUUGGCGUUGGUCUUGUGAUUAACUCUCAACCUAUUCAUGGUUUAAUGCAUCCCGAAGGUGCACAUAUUAAAGUUGAACGUAUAUCUGGUGAUGAUUAUUCGGGUUGUUGCCCAUAUCAUGGUUCAUGCAUUGAAGGUAUGUCAAAAGCUCAAGCAGUUGCUGAACGUCUUAAUAUUUCACCAAGUCUACUCAGUACGAUUCCCGACGAUCAUCCGGUGUGGAAUAUUCAAGCAUAUUAUAUAGCUCAACUAUGUGCAGCAACCAUGUAUCUUACAUCAGUCGAACGUAUUAUUAUUGGUGGAGGAUUAAUGAAGCGGCAAAUUCUUUUUAAACUUGUACGAAAGCAUUUUCAUCAAAUAUUAAAUAAUUAUAUUAAUAUUCCAAUAAUUACACAAAAUAUCGAUGAAUAUAUUUGUCCAUCACAACUUGGCGAUCUUAUCGGCAUUCAAUCAGCUUUGGAUUUGGCACGAACAGUGGUUAAUAAAAAUUGA